AUGUGUUUCAGAGAGUAUUUGACUAAUAAUGUUUGUGUGGUAAUAGGGAAAACAGAGCUUGAGUUGCCAGAUACCCGCAAGAGGAUGGGAGACAAGGCAGCAUUUGUUAAUGUUUACCCCUUUAUAUGGAACCAAUUUGCUAAGAGCGGCUAUGUAACAGCAUACUUGGAGGACACACCUUCAAAUGGGAUCUGGACAUAUCGUUUGAAAGGGUUUGACACCCAACCAACAGAUCAUUAUAUGAGGACAUUUUUUGUAGAAGCUGAGAGUGAUCUAAAGAAGCACAAACCGUAUUGCAUAGGAUCAUUACCUAGGCACAAGAUAAUGCUUGACUACGCAAAAAAUGUAUUUAUGGUUUACAAGGAUAGGCCUAAGUUUGUGUUUGGAUUCCAUGGAGAGAUCUCCCAUGACAACUAUAACUUGGUGGGGGCUGCGGAUCAGGACUUGCUCGAAUGGCUGCAAUGGUUCAACAACAGCGGACACCUCAACAACACCCUACUGAUCAUCAUGUCAGAUCAUGGGCACAGAUUUGCAGAGAUUCGGAAUACACAACAGGGAAAACUGGAGGAGCGAUUGCCGUGGUUCUCAUUCGUUCUGCCACCCUGGAUGGCUCAGACUCACCCACGGGCAGUGGCCAACUUGCGACUGAACACUAACAGACUCACCACCCCUUUCGACAUCUAUCCUACACUUGUCAGCGUACUACACUUUGACGGUGGAGGGAUGGGGGAUCUCUCCCAUCGUUCCAUCAGUCUAUUCAAAGAGGUGCCAAUGGAGCGCACAUGUGCUGAUGCAUUCAUCGAACCUCACUGGUGUGCUUGUCUGGACUGGGAGAGAGUGGACCCCCAAAGCCAUCUAGUACACAGGGCAGCAACUACAUUUGUUGACUUCAUCAACAAGUACAAUGCCAAACACUCAUCACUGUGCUCAGUGUUGAGUCUAGAGGCAGUAUUGUGGGCUGCUAGACUAGUACCCAGUCGAGCCUUGCGCAGGUUCAAAGAUGCUGCAGACUUGGAUGGGUUUGUGCCUAACUUCUCCAGUAACACUCCUGUUACUAUGGAGACCUACCAGCUCAAAGUGAUUGUCCAGCCUGGAGGAGCUAUCUUCGAAGUAUCGCUCAUCCAUCAUCUCAAGGAGGACACGUUCACUGUUCGGAUAGAAGAUGUAAGCCGAAUAAAUAUGUAUGGGUCUGCUGCAGCAUGUAUAGAGCAGACCCAAGAGCAGCUACGCAAGUUCUGUCAUUGUAAAACGAAAGCUUGAUGAGAGAUGCACUUUACCCAAGCCCAAAUAAUGAAGCACUGAUUUAUCUUUCAUAUUCAAGGGAACAUUGGAAAAUAAUAUAAAAGACUGUGUAGGAAUAUAUUAAUGAACUAUGAAAGUACUAUUUUAUCACAGUGAAUGUUCACCUUUACCUUAACAAGUAAUAUAAUUUUUAAAUGGUUCCACUAAUUUAUUUAUACUAGUCAUAAAUUGUAUGAUUUAUGUGUGCUUCCAUAUUUAGUUUUGAUAAUGUUUAUAAAGUUGUUAAUGUGUAAAAAAUUUUUGUUUCUCUUAAGAGUUAAAAAUUAAUAUUUGUAUUUUUACAAAACAAAUCAGGUUGUGAUUUUGCACACUUAAAAACACAAAUGAGGUGCUCUAUACUGAAUCUACUGAAAUUCUACAGAUAAACAAUUUUAUCCCCUACAACAAUUAUUUAUACAAGGGAGUGUCUGUGAAUAGAGAAUAGAUUAGUUAUAAAUACAACUUAACAUUAACCAAUCA